UCUCAUUGAUAACUCAAACUGCAGGGUAUGUACGUGCUCAGUAAUGUGGCAUCUGGGAAUGAAUUCCACAAGGAAGCAGUCAUGGACCAACUUUUCCCACAAAUAGGUGACAACAUCCAAUCAAUUAUGAUCAAGCUUUUGCAGAGUAAUGACAGCAGGUUACGCACAGCUUGUGUCUGGACUGUCGUAAAUCUCACCUUUCCAAGUAGUCCCGGUGCACGCAGUCGGGUUGCAAAAUUACAGAAUGGCUGCAUAACUUCUCAAUUAAAGGAUAUGGUCAAUGAUCCUUGCCUCGAUGUAAAAGUGGUCAAUCUGAGAACCCUGAAGUUAAUGCAGAAAGGUCAAAUGCUCAGCUUGACACAGGAGUUGGUAUGGGGAAAUUAGACGAUGAACAUGAGGUGGUUUUUGGCCUUUCUUUCCUACAGCAGGAAACUUUUCCUUCGUUGGAAACAAAUUCAAAUGAGAGUCAUAUCGAUCAGCUUGGAAGUGGUGGAGAAUGCUCAAGCCCUUUAGAUGGACCAAUCAAAAGUGGAUCAUCAAUUUCUGCUAUCUGUACUAGUUCAAAGCCUGAUUUUUCAAAGUUAAAGGGUGAAAUAUGCUUGGACAACCUAUCAGUUAGGGAACUUCAUGAAACCUUUAAAGCAACAUUUGGACAGGAAACUUCUAUCACGGACAAACAGUGGUUGAGGAGGAGGAUUGCCAUGGGAUUGGCCAACUCUUGUGAUGUUCCAACUACAACUUUUGUGAUUAAAGAUAACAAAGUGGUGAAGAAAGGUAAAGAAGAAAGCUUUAAGAGUGUAGAUCAUACCCCUGCUAAGGUUCUGUCAGUUGGAGUGAAUGAAAACUGUGGAGGUUCACCAAUUGGAUGCAAUAACCAAAUAGAAAAUCCUCAAAAUGCUUGUGGCAAGAUAUUGACAGAUCCUAGUUUAGAAUAUGAUUGUAGUGUUGAAGAUUUGAACACUGAACAGAGAGUAGCAAAAAGAGUUCGGAAUGGAAGAAGCAAGCGAAUGUGCGAAGCCAUCUAAGGGUAACUUUCAUGCUACUGCUGCAUGAAUGUAUAUAUUGGGAAUGUAAUGUUUAGUAUGUAGCUUUUACCUUGUUAUCUUGCAGACAGUCUUGCUAUUUUUUUGGUAGGGAAGGUUAAGUUGAUU